AUGUCAGGGGACCUGGCAGCUGAGAUCAGUGGCAACACACAGAUCAGCGUCAAGAAAUUCUCCUACAGAUGGACCAUUAGCAACUUCUCUUUUUGCUUGGGGAAAGGUAUUAAAAGUCCCACUUUCUCAACAGGAGCCAAUGACAAGCAAAAAUGGUAUAUGAAUGUACACCUGAAUGGGAUGGAUGAGGAAAGCAGAGGUUACUUGUCAGUUUUCCUCGGGUUGCUCAGCUCUCCAAAGAGCCCCGUGUGGGCAAAGGUCCAGUUUGGGAUCAUAAAUGCCAAAGGAGAGGAAUCUCAAAUCAUGAACAGUCAAAGUGUCAUCAGGUUCGACCAAAACCAACACUGGGGCUUCAAAAAGUUCUUCUUUCGAGACUUCCUUUUGUCCACUCCAUGUUUGCUUCUCCCAGAUGACAAAUUCACACUCUGCUGUGAGGUGAGCGUGGUUAAGGACUGCAUCAGCAUCUCUGAACAGAACAUGCAGCCAGGAAUUGAGAUUCCAAGGUGCACACUGGUAGAUGAUCUAGGAGAGCUGUGGGAGAAUUCCCACUUCACAGACUGCUGCCUGGUGGUAGCUGGCCAGGAAUUCCAGGCUCACAAGGCCAUCUUAGCUGCUCGCUCUUCAGUUUUCAGAGCCAUGUUUGAGCAUGACAUGGAGGAGAGCAGAAAGAAUCACAUUGAGAUUCAUGACCUAGAACCUGAAGUUUUUAAGGCAAUGAUGGACUUCAUUUACACUGGGAAGCAACCAGAUCUCCACAGCAUGGCAGACGCUGUGCUUGCAGCUGCUGACAAGUAUGGCCUGGAGCGCUUGAAGGUGAUGUGUGAGAGUGCCCUCUGCAGGGACCUCUCUGUGGAGAAUGCUGCCCACACUCUCUUCCUGGCUGACCUCCACAGGUCAGUGCAAUUGAAAACUUGGACAAUGGAUUUCAUUACAGCUCAUGCUUCCGAGGUUUUUGAGACCUUGAGCUGGAAGACAGUGGUCAACUCCUAUCCCUACUUGGUGGCUGAAGUAUGUGUCUCCCUGGUUUCUGCACGUGGUCUUUUCCUGGAUCCCCUCUCCCCCAAAUGCCUGAAGCGAUCUUAG